AUGACCGAUCAAAACCAGCAGAGGAAUAACGUUUCAGCGGAUUUGUCCUCUCAAAGCCUGGAUUCGACUCAAACUGAUCACACAACUGCUAGACAAAACUCGGACAACAAUGUGUAUGAUGGUGAAUUUCUUUUGCCUGAUGAGAUAGAAGAAGAAAGGAAUGAAUUAGAUGGAGAACGUCAGAUGGACCUUGAGUUGGAGGAAAAUGAAGAUCAGCAGGAUAUAACCUCUGCACAUAUGAAACGUUUGUUUGUAAUAUGUGCUCGCUUUGGUAUUACACCUAUUGCAGUGAUUCAGGUAAGGUUUUUUAUGUGUUUUUUUUUGAGUUUAGGUAUGAGACGGGACGAGCGAAUUGUUAGCGGAUUGUUUGAUUGAAAAAUGUAAUUUUUUGAUGUUUGGCUGCUUCAAAUAAUGUUUUUCAGCUUAUAUACUACUUGAACUUUCUUUUUGUGAUCUCAGUUGGGAUCAGGAGAAUGUAUUUUCGUUUCGUUGACUUGUUUUACGAAGUGAAAAUUGAUCAAUUGUGGUUGAACUUGAUUUAUCCUGUAAGUAUUCGCUUUUUAGGUGAUUUUAAACAUUUUGAAUAACAAGUACACUUUCUAAUUUUAUUAUUAAAAAGUUAUUUCUAUUUGGAGUGUAAAAGAAGCAGUUUCUUUUCAAUUUCUACGAUAUUAUUGUAGGGGGCUGCAACAAUCGUGGAUUUCGUAUUUUUCAUCGCUUUUCCGAUUACCUCAUUUGUUAUUCAUACACUAACAUUAGUGGCAUUUUAUUUUCCCAAAUUGUCUAAAGGGCUCAAACGUAAACCUUCAAAGGUAGUGAGACUUAUACUGGUUCCACAGGUAACUUGAAUAAUAUGUUGUAAUCUUAUUUUUCUGUUUUAAAUUUCUAGUUUAUUGAUUAAGGUCAGGGACAUCGCUACGGUUUUUCUCUGGGGGGGGGGAGGUCGAAAAAAUUUUUUUUGGUCUUGAAUCAGAACCUGUGGACCGAUUUUUCAAAAUUUUUUUUCGUUUUUCCGCGUACAGGUACCUACCUGUGGAAUUUUUUUUCGGAUCGGCUCUGGGGGGGUCCCCCCCCCCCAAACGACCUCCCCUGCCACCCCCCCCCCAGACGUACCUGAUUAAGGUUGUUAAUUUUAUUUAUUUUGAUUUGUUUUUAAUACAUACUAGGAUACUUACUUUAUUUUCCAACCAAUAUAUUAGCUAAUAUGACGAAGGCAAGGCUUUAUAUUAAUCAACCUUUUUAGAUGCUCAUUCUUCUUCACGCUAUGGCCGAAACUUUUGUGAUUUUGCCAUUGUAUUUCGACUCGAUUCAAAUAAUUUGGAGCUGGGCUUUAAUGGCUUUUGGGCUGAUCAACUUUGGCUUCUGCUGCUUGUGCUUUUGUAUGACGUGCAGCCUCCUUUCCUUGGAUGACAUUAUCUGGCGUUGGAGUCAAUAUCGUCGCAGAAGAUUGGGUCGGCGUUAAACAAUAAACUGCUCGAUAUUGUCGUUGAUUUGUUUUACAUUAGUUUUUGAGAUUUUAAUCUUUUGGCGAUUGAAUUUGUUGAUUUUUGUUUAAUUUUGUCUUUUCUUAUGUUGUUCAUGGUUAUUUUUUGCUGUUUUGAUGAGUUUUCUAUGAUUUUUUUGUCUUUUCACAUUUUUGAUGUUUUUCUUAAUUUUUUGAUUAUAGUUGAUUUCUCGCUUAAUUUUUUAGUCGUUUUUUAUGUUAUUUUAGACAUUUGGCUCAAUUUAAGUUAUUUGUCUGAGUAUUCUUCGCUUCUUUCGUGUUAUAAUUAUUAGGAAACUUAAUUAAAAGAAAGUUAAGAUUUAGGUGAUGGUGUCACGGAUGAGUUCGAUGCAUACAAAGUUCAGGGAGUACGAUAGUCGACGAGGAACAAUCAGGAAUGCGUUGGACGAACAGACCGAUUAUGAGCAAGUUAGGUUUAGGUGGCUGUUUGGGUUUAUUCAUGUUAGAGUAAGUUUUUUUUUGGAUUGUACAAGACAGUAAACUUUGUUUCGGAUGCGGUUUUGUGGUGUUGUCGGGCUAAAACUGGAUCGUUUGGAAGUUAGACUGACUUGCGUUACUAAAAUAGGGUUUGAAAUAAGAAACUUUUCCAUAAUGUGUAGCAGUUUUGACAUUAUAUGUUUAGCACUUUUUUGCCAUGGUACAAGUGGUAAUAUUGUACACAUUCGUCCCUUUACUGUUGCUCUGCGGUGGAAAUCAUUCGGCUUGUCCUCAGAAUUUGUUCGGUAAUCGCAACUCACCAAUCAUACAAACGUCGCUUUUUUGCUUGGCUAUAUUUUGCAUUGUAUGGUAUGUUUUUUCAUUAUUUAUGGGUUUUUAGAUGAUGAAUAUGAUCUUGCGGAUGGUUCGAAGCCCCUUCUAGCUGCGUCUCUGACUGUUCGAGCGUAACAUUUUUACACAUUUCACUAUUGUUCUUGUGAGUUUAUAUUUUGUCAUUUCAGUGUCGUAUUGUCAUCUGUGGCAUUUCAUUGGACCGAAAAGUUGCGUUACAUGACUUCUUCCGGGUAUCGUGAUCGAUUCUGUCAGCUGUCGCCAAUGCCUUUUGUAUCUUUGUUUUUUGUUCAUCAGGUAAAAAUAUUUUACUUAGAUUUUAUUUUUUUGGGCUCUUAUAAUAGGUAUAAAAUAACUUUUUAGUUAUUCGUCUUUGCCCUGGGAAUCUUCUACCUCUACGAUGUGCUAAUCGAUGCAAAAUUGCGUGUUUUUGUUGAUUCCACAAGCUUACCUACCUUCAUAUCACUUCUCACUGGUGGACUGAUGCCAUUCUUUGUAUUCAUGAUACUGAUGAUCUACAUUAUUUACGGAGACUUUCGUUUAUGGUCAUACGCAUGUUUUGUGAGAGAACAUACUAAGCUGAAGAGAAGGCUGGCCAAGAUUGACGAGGAAAGAGGCGAUAACCGGUCGAUUAUUGGGCAAGGUGAGCUUUUAUUGGAAAAUUAAAAAGUCGAACCGUUAAUUGCCAUCAACUAAUUUGUUUUGCAUUUUUUGAAUAAUACUACAUUGUAAUUGAUGUAUUUUGCAGCUUAUGGAAGAGGAAUCAGUUUUGGCAACAUUUCUCGAGGCUCGAACCGAAGCUUGAUGGAUAAGAUUGGCUCGGGGAGUAUCAGAGCUCAAAUUCAACGCUACAGUACGUUUAUCUUUGCUUUUUGCAUUUUAUUUAUGUAAAAAUAUAUAUCUUUUGUAACUUUUUAUUUCACAACAGGAAGUCUGGUAUUUUACAGUAAAUUUAGGUAUUAAAAUUUUGAAUUUUAGGUAUAAAACUAAUUUUAGGUAAAAAGAGUAGGAAGUGAUACUUUAAAUUUGAAAUAUCUUCUUCAACUUUGAAAUUUUAAAAUCAAAAUUUUACAGGACAAAGCCUGUCGAGACAGUCGAUCACAACAGAAACCAACAACUCGUACCUGCACCAAUCACUGAACCGAAAACCAGCUCACGAUCACAUUGACAACGCCGGUGACAACCCAAUGAACCCACACAUUAUCAGCUACGCCAGCUCCGGCGACGGCUCCAUGAAUGAAUCGCGCAAUUCGAGAAGACUUCGACCAGCAAUCUCUCAAUCACCCCCAGGCACCAUUCGACAACCAAGAACUCCUGGCUACACAAAUGCCGAAAGCAGCGACGUCGAGUUGAUGCAUGUGCUGGAUACGAUCGGCGAAGUGAACGAGGAUCACAGCACUUGA